AUGAUAGUUCGGGAAGGAGAUGACGUCGCAUUACACUGCGCUGCCUCGGGUAUUCCACUCCCAACUGUUCUUUGGAGAAGGGAAGAUUCUGAAUUCUUCAAAGUUAACAAGCAAUCCAGUAAACCCACAGUACAUCUUUCACAGAAGAUGGCAGGGGCAUACAUAGGCGAAACAGUGUUACUGAAGUGCAUGAUUGAAGCGAAUCCCUCCCCUGUUGUAUUUUGGACGCAUGUAGUUAAUAACAAGCUUUAUAAUGGUUCUAAAUAUGAAAUGAAUUUAAAAUCGACGGAGUACAAGCACACGGCUAGUCUCAGAGUAAAAAACGUUACAAGAAAAGAUAUCGGCUCGUAUUAUUGUUAUGCCGAGAAUUCAUUGGGUACAGCCAGAGAUGACGUCACAGUUUACAGUAAGUAUGAAGACAAUCCCAGGCAUAUCCAGUUUUUAAUAGAUUUGAAAGGCAAUUUUUAUGAGCCUAAAAUAAAAGGCAACCUAAAAGUUAAUAUUAAAAGUGCGGUUUAG